UCAGGAGGAGAGGGAAGGAGAGAGAGAGAGCUCUUGUUUUAUUCGCCUCCAACUUCUUCUCGCGUCUUUGCUUCUUUUUCGUCUUUCUGCGUCUCCUCAUCCACCGAUGCGAGGAUUUCUUCUUCUCUGUUGUUUUCACCGUUGAACUGAGGGAAACCACUUCAGCCAACCCCGGGAGCAUGUGAGAUAACCCGCAGCUUCAACCAAGAAGAAGAAGAAGAAGAAGAACGGAACCAGAACUCAGAGAAAUGGAUAAACGGAGUUACUCCCUGGCGCUGCCGGCCGCGCUGCUCUACUUUGGACUUCUGGGAUUUACCGCUGGACAGUUCUUUCCAGGCGGCUGCACCUUCGAGGAGUCGUACAGCGGCUGCGGCUACAGCGUGUCUCUGGGAACCAAUGGAUUUACCUGGGAACAAGUCAACUCCUGGGAGAAACCCACCAUGGACCCGGCCCUGCCUACUGGUUCCUUCAUGGUGGUGAACGCGUCGGGUCGGGCCUCAGGACAGAAGGCUCACCUCUACAUGCCCACCCUGAAGGAGAACGACACCCACUGCAUCGACUUCCUCUACUCCCUGUCCAGCCGCGACGGAGCCAGCCCAGGAACACUCAACGUCUAUAUCAAGGUGAAUGGAGGUGCUCAGGGAAACCCGGUGUGGAACGCCUCUGAUACCGUCACUGAAGGCUGGGUGAAGGCUGAGCUGGCUAUUUCUACCUUCUGGCCCAACUCCUAUCAGGUGAUCUUCGAAGCCGUGUCGGUCCAAGGACAUCCAGGGUUCAUCGCUGUGGACGAUAUACGUGUCCUGGCCCACCCCUGCCGUAAAGCUCCUCACUUCCUGCGUCUGCAGAACGUGGAGGUGAACGUGGGUCAGAACGCCACGUUCCAGUGCACCGCCGGAGGGAAGUGGUCCCAGCACGACAAACUCUGGCUUCAGCAGUGGAACGGCCGGGACACGGCCCUGAUGGUGACCCGGGUGGUGAACCACCGCCGCUUCUCCGCCACGGUCAGCGUGGGCGACACGUCCCAGCGCAGCACGAGCCGCUACCGCUGCGUCAUCCGCUCGGACGGCGGCUCGGGGGUGUCCAACUACGCCGAGCUCAUCGUCAAAGCUCCGCCCACUCCCAUCGCUCCGCCCGAGCUGCUCGCCGUCGGCGCCACCUACCUGUGGAUCAAGCCCAACGCCAACAGCAUCAUCGGCGACGGGCCCAUCAUCCUGAAGGAGGUGGAGUACCGCACCACGUCGGGGAACUGGGCGGAGAGCCACGUGGUCGACGCCCCCACCUACAAGCUGUGGCACCUGGACCCGGAUGUGGAGUACGAGAUCAAGGUCCUGCUGUCCCGACCCGGGGAGGGGGGGACGGGGCCGCCGGGGCCGCCGCUGGUCACCAGGACGAAGUGCGCAGAUCCAGUCCACGGUCCCCAGAGCGUCAACGUGGUGGACGUCCGGGCGCGCCAGCUGACGAUCCAGUGGGAGACGUUUGGAUACGCGGUCACACGAUGCCACAGCUACAACCUGACGGUGCAGUACCAGUACGCGUUCAACCAGCAGGAGUUCUCGGCGGAGGAGUUGAUCCAGACGUCGUCCCACUACACCCUGAGGGGGCUGCGGCCCUUCGUCACCGUCAGACUGAGGCUGGUGCUGGCCAACCCCGAGGGCAGCAAGGAGAGCGAGGAGAUCGUCAAGCAGACCGAGGAGGACGUUCCGGGCUCGGUUCCGAUGGAGUCUCUGCAGAACACGCCUUAUGAAGAGAAGAUCUUCAUGCAGUGGAAAGCUCCCAAUGAAACCAACGGAGUCAUCACACUAUACGAGAUCACCUACAAGGCCCUGAGCUCGUUGGACCCCAGCGCGGACCUGACCACGCAGAGGGGACGGGUGUUCAAGCUGAGGAACGAGACCCACCACCUGUUCGUGGGCCUCUACCCGGGCACCACCUACUUCUUCACCCUGAAGGCCUCCACCAACAAGGGCUUCGGCCCCCCCGUCACCACCCGCAUCACCACCAAGAUAGCAGCUCCGAUGAUGCCGGAAUACGAGUCCGAGGCUCCGCUGAACGAGACAGAGACCACCAUCACCAUCCUGCUGAAGCCCGCCCAGUCCCGAGGAGCCCCCAUCAGCUCCUACCAGCUCGUCGUGAAGGAGGAGCGCAAGUCCAAGACCCGGCGCGCCGCCCCCCCCGAGGCGCCCGAGUGCUUCUCCGCCCCCGUCAGCUUCCGGAACGCCUCCGUCUUGGACUCGGCGUACUACAUCGCCGCCGACCUGCCGCCGGCGAGCGUCACGGUGGUGCAGCCGUUCACGGUCGGAGACAACAAGAGCUACGGAGGCUUCUGGAAUCCACCGCUGUCCCCGGCCAAGAGCUACAGCAUCUACUACCAGGCCAUGAGCAGAGCCAAUGGGGAAACCAAAAUCAACUGUGUCCGCCUGGCGAACAAAGGUGCGUCCACUCAGGACUCGGAUGCCAUGGAGCCGGAGAAGCAGGUGGACAGCACGGUGAAGAUGGCCGGCGUGAUCGCGGGGAUUCUCAUGUUCAUCAUCAUCCUGCUCGGCUUGGUCCUCACCUUCAAACGCAGGAAGUUGGCAAAGAAGCAGAAGGAGACAGCCAGCAGCUCCACUCAGCAGAGGGAGAUGGGCCCGGUCACCACGGCUGAUAAGAGCACCACUAAAGUCAGCACGCUGCACAAAGACGACCCCUUCUCCACCUCCACCCAGGACCUCAACGGAUUCGCCUCCCCCUCCACCUGCUCCUUCUCUGUGCAGGGAAGCAAGACGCUGCAGAGCAAAUCCCUGCUGAACUCCUACUACUCAGUGUCCAAAGAGCCGGUUCCAGCCACGACUUCUAUCGACAGUAGCCAGCCCUCGCUCUCCCAGCCCUCUCUGACCCUGCAGAGUUUUCCGUACGGCGGUUGUGAGUCGGUGGAACUCUCCUACCAGAGUGGUCAGUUCCAGGCCGGCCAGUUCCAGCCGGCUAUCCGAGUGGCCGACCUCCUGCAGCACAUCACCCAGAUGAAGUGUGGACAGGGCUACGGCUUCAAGGAGGAGUACGAGGCCCUGGCAGAGGGACAGACGGCGCCCUGGGAAACGGCCAAGAAGGACGAGAACCGCAACAAGAACCGCUACGGCAACAUCAUCGCUUUGUCCUUCACCCAGUGCCCCCCCGGCUCCUUCCAGCUCCGGGUCGGACUGGUGCAGGUGACCGCCUGCUGGGAGCCAGAUGCCGGCAGGAGCAGGUUCUGA